AUGGAGAAAGUAGUAACCGUUUCCCCCUCUCGGGGCCCCGGAGUGUUUCGUAAGGCCGCUGCAGCCACAUUGGUGCUUUUGUCUGCGUAUGUGACCUUGACUAAGGUGAAAUCGAUGGUUUUAUCACCCGAAGUUCCAAUCGAUCCUGUCGCAGCCAUUUUGGAUACUUUACAAGAUAAUUUCGCUGGAGAUUGGUCUAAAAAGUAUACAUCUGAGGCGCAUUUGCCAGGUACAAACUUUGGUUUGGUACAAUGGACCAGAGACAAGUUUGAAGAGUAUGGAUUGGAUGCUUCCAUUGACACCUACGACAUCUUUGUUAGUUAUCCAGAGAGUCACGACUUGAAUCUUUUGGAUGAGGAAGGCAAAUUGUUGUACAAGGCACCUUUGAAGGAGGACGCUAUCAAGGAAGACUCCACUUCUUCCGGUGACGGUUUGGUGCCAACCUUCUUAGCUUACGGAGCCAACGGCAACGUCACUGCCGAGUAUGUGUAUGUCAAUUAUGGAACCAGGGAGGACUUUGCCAAAUUGAAGGAGUUGGGAGUGAACGUCGAAGGUAAAAUUGCGGUUGCUCGGUACGGUGCUAUUUUCAGAGGUUUGAAAGUGAAAUUCGCCCAGGAAGAAGGAGCUGUUGGUGUUUUGCUCUACACUGACCCUGGAGAUGAUGGAGGGGUCACUCCAGCCAAUGGUUACAAGCAGUAUCCGCACGGCCCUGCUAGACACGAGAGCUCUGUCCAGAGGGGAUCUGUGCAAUUCUUGGGAGGUGUAGGUGCUGCCCCAGGCGACCCCACCACUCCAGGAUACGCAUCGAAAGGAGACGUUGAACGUAAAGAUCCACAUGACAGUAUUGGCCGUAUUCCUGUUCUUCCCAUUUCCUAUAGAGAAGUGAAACCAAUUUUGGACAAAUUGAAUGGUCAAGGUGUCAAGGCACCUAAGGAGUGGAGAGGAGAGUUAGAAGGAUUUGACUACCAUAUUGGACCCAACCCCAACGUGACCUUGAACUUGUACUCCAACCAGAUUUUCAACAUCACACCAUUGUGGAAUGUUUAUGGCGAAAUCGAGGGGGAAAAUAAGGAUGAAGUGAUCGUCAUUGGUAACCACAGAGAUGCCUGGAUCAAGGGUGGUGCCGGUGACCCUAAUUCUGGCUCUGCAGCUUUGAUUGAAAUAGCAAGAGCUUUGGGAGCUUUGAAGAAGGCUGGAUACAAAUUCAAAAGAUCUAUCAUUUUGCAAAGUUAUGAUGGUGAAGAGUAUGGGCUUCUUGGAUCUACUGAAUUUGGAGAGUAUGCUGCGAAGUCUUUGCAAAGAAAGGUUGUUGCCUACUUGAACAUGGAUGUUGCAGUGGUGGGCCGCUACUUGAAGUUGAGUGCAUCUCCCGUGUUGAACGAGGUGUUGAGAGAUGUUGCAAAGUUAUUACCUUACCCUGAGGAGGGAGUUGGAAGCUUGUACGACCACUUUGUGAAAGAGAGAGGAGACAACAUCCAUAACUUGGGAUCCGGUUCGGAUUACACUGUGUUCUUGGAACAUUUGGGGAUUCCAUCUGCUGACUUGGGCUUUGGCCAAGGUAAGGGCGACGCGAUCUACCAAUACCACUCCAAUUACGACUCUUAUUACUGGAUGUCAGAGUUUGGUGACAAGGGCUUCGUGUACCACAAUUUGGCUGCCAAAUACUUGGCAUUGAUUGCGUUGGAGUUGAGUGCCAAGAAGGUGAUUGCCUUCUCCUUGGAAGAUUACGCUGAUGACUUGCUCAAGUAUUUCCACCAGCUCGAGGAAACCAUUCCUAAGCCAUGGUACGAUAAGCCAGUCUCCAACGAGGCCAUUGAGCGCUAUUUGGCUGAUUCGGCCAUGGAAGACUAUGUUUAUGAAGUCUCGAGCCACACAUACUACCCACGCAUGAGAUACUUCUUCCCUGAGCUCAUGAAGCCUGUAACAUGUCACCACAACAAGCAGAUGAUGAUGAAGACCAUUCAUAGCCACAAGAACUUGACUUUUGGCGAGGUUGUGGAGCACACCAAGGAGCAGUUGGUCAAAUUGAAGGAAGUAAGCAGCGAGUUUGACUUGUCCAGUGAUAAGUUACAGGAGAAACACGACCAUCGUGAUGAUUUGCCCGUUUGGCAGCGUAUCAAGCUCCAUUUCCAAAUCAAACACCACAAUGCAUUGCUUAAGUUCUUCGAGAGAAACUUCCUUUAUUACAAGGGGUUGCACGAGAGAAGUUGGUUUAAGCACAUUGUGUUUGCUUCUGGUCGGUAUACUGGAUAUGCUGGCCAGACGUGGCCUGGUGUUAGGGAGGCUAUCGAAGACGACGAUUUGGAGCGUGCUGUUGAAUGGCUUGGAAUUGCCGCAAGGGCAGUCAGGAGAGUGACUGGUUCAUUGGACAGGGACUGGUGA